GCGGGAAGAGUGAACCUGUCCCUCAGCCUGUCCUGCAUUACACCUCAUUUUCAUCGCUUUAACAGACAACACAAAUUGGGAUCACAUUAGCGCUUUUACUUCUUUUAUUACCUGUCAUCAAACGCUUCCUGCAUCUCACCGCGUGUCUCUGAUAGAGGUUUACAGCUCUGAUGGAGGAGCCUGCAGACUCCGGCGGCGGCGUUGCGGCAGCAGAGGGCCCCAUGGUUCAGGUGACGGAGAUCCGCUACCCCGCAGGAGCGCGUCCUUUACGGCUGCUCGAGUGGAAGGUGAAACCCGGAGCUCUGGUGAACGUUGACUCCGUCAUCGCGGUUUGCGCGCCGAUUCUCGCCGAAAACGACUCAAGAGCGCACGAGAGAAAGCUGAAGUCAGACCGCGCUGGAUUUGUGCGCGAACUGUGCUGUCAACUCGGGCAGGUCAUCGCGCCUGGGGGUGUUAUAGCAAAAGUGGAAGAAUGCAGCCAUCCCGUUGUGAUGAAGGGCCUGUGUGCAGAAUGUGGCCAGGACUUAACUCAGCUACAAAGUAAGAAUGGAAAGCAGCAGGUGCCCAUCUCUACAGCAACUGUUUCCAUGGUGCACAGUGUUCCAGAGCUGAUGGUCAGCUCAGAGCAAGCAGAGCAGCUUGGCCGAGAGGACCAGCAAAGACUUCACAGGAACAGAAAGUUGGUGCUGAUGGUGGAUCUGGACCAAACACUGAUCCACACUACUGAACAGCACUGUCAGCGCAUGUCUAACAAGGGAAUCUUCCAUUUCCAGCUGGGACGUGGGGAGCCCAUGCUUCAUACACGUCUGAGGCCUCACUGCAAAGACUUUCUAGAAAAGAUUGCUAAACUCUAUGAGCUGCAUGUCUUCACUUUUGGCAGUCGUUUAUAUGCUCACACCAUUGCAGGUUUUUUGGACCCUGAAAAGAAACUCUUCUCUCAUAGGAUAAUGUCCAGAGAUGAAUGCAUUGACCCCUUCACUAAGACAGGCAACCUCAGAAAUUUGUUCCCGUGCGGAGACUCCAUGGUGUGCAUCAUAGACGAUAGAGAGGAUGUAUGGAAAUUUGCCCCCAACCUCAUUGCAGUGAAGAAAUACAUCUACUUCCAGGGCACGGGGGACAUCAACGCCCCGCCGGGCUCACGAGAGGCCCAGAUGGACCGAAAAGGUGCAGGCAAUCAGGCAGGGCGACCUUCAGAGAACGUGGAAUCAUCUGGGACAUCCGAACUAGAGGAACAGAGAAACGGCCUCAGGAAUUCCAGCAAAGACAAAAAAACUGGGCAUGAGGAGUCAUCCCCCUCUGUCAAAAAAACUCAGGGAGCCUCAACCAAUGAGAGGACUCACCCCACAGGGGAACAGUCCAAUGAUGGCAAGUGUAAUGUGAAAGCAGAGGGGGAGGGCAGCUCAGGUGUGACGAGUAGCUCAGGUGAGACUGAUGUACCAAACGCAGCUAAGGACGGCACUGCCAAUGACCUGGACUUUUACCUGUUGAGCGACAGCGACAAUGAUGAGGGUAAAGCGGGAUUAUCGGACAGCGAUGGAGAAGUGCAGUUGGUAGACCCCAUGAAAUCCAAACCAACAAAAACGGAGGAGUGUAAAAACAAAGAGGAUGAUGGGGAAGCUAUAAAACAGAGGACAGAAGGGGACGAAAUUCCUGACACGGAUCCGGAAGGUCUCGUUGAUUUGGGCAACGGCUGUUCUGAUAAGAAAGAAGCGGAAACGGAAUCUCAAAACAGCGAGCAGUCAGGUGUCACCAUGGGGGAGGAGUCUUUAGAUCACAGCAUGGAGUAUGAGGAUGAUGAGGAAGAGGAGGAUAGGGAUCAGGAUGAUCAUCUCAUUUACUUGGAGGAAGUUUUGGUUCGCAUCCACAGUGAGUAUUACUCGCGCUACGAGGCCUUCCUGAGGAAGGAUUGCUCCGAGAGUCCCGACAUCCGGAAGAUCGCCCCCGAGCUGAAGGGUCGCACGCUGGCGGGCACCACGAUAGUCUUCAGUGGCCUCUAUCCCACCAACUACCCAAUGGAGCGCACACGAGAGUGGUACCAUGUCAAGGCGCUGGGAGCCAAGCUUGGCAAGUCCCUGGUGCUCAAUGCCAAAGACCCCGACCGCACCACCCACCUUAUUGCUGCACGAGCAGGCACUGAGAAAGUGCGUCAAGCUCAAGGCUGUAAACAUCUUCAUGUGGUGAAUCCUGAUUGGCUGUGGGGCUGCCUGGAGCGCUGGGAGCGAGUCGAGGAACAACUCUUUCCUCUCAAAGACAAUAGCAAAUCACUCAGGAGCAGCAGUCCUACCACGUUUCCAGAUGUCCAGGUAUCCAUCACCAGGCCUCUGUUCCCACCCCCUCCCGUUCAGCACAAGCCCUCGCCAGUGCCAGAGAUGCGGACAUAUGACCAUGUCACCGGCAAACUCAUCCGCAGAGGACCACAGGCUUCCCGUCCGCCCUCUUAUCUUCAGUCGCAUGGAUCAUCCUCAUCUCUACCUGCACAGGGAGAUCUCAGGUUAGGUCAGGGGUCUCUGCAACUGGAGGGGGCUGCAGGAUCGAGUCAUGAUGAUGAGCAGCCUGGACCCUCUCGCAGGAAACUACAGCCCAGUAUGUCUGAAUCCAUGCCACUUUACACACUCUGCAAAGAAGAUCUUGACAGCAUGGACAAAGAGGUGGAUGACAUUCUCGGGGAGGAGAGUGAUAAUGAGAGUGAGGGGAAAGGGAAAGGGGAGAGGAUGGAGGCAGAGGAAGAGGAAGAGCAGCCUCAGACGAGAGGACAGAAGACCCCAGCAUCAGUUUGCGCACGAACCCUAAGCACUGUUGUUGAAGAAGCAGCCCAAAUGUCGACCAGUGCAGAUGUCGAUGUAAUGGAGAGCAUGCCCAGGGGCCACAAAAGAAAACUGGAGGAGGCCAGAGAAGAUGAUGCUGCAGACAAUGAUGGAGAUGAAGGCUCCAGUAAAGACUCCAAUGAGGAUGGCAGCAGCUCGGAGGCUGAUGAGAUGGCUGCUGCGCUGGAGGCGGAGCUUAAUGACUUCAUGUGAUCUGAUUGGAUGAUAAAAUAUAGCAAAUGAACUGCUCCAAUCAGAGCUAAUGUUCUCAUAUGGUACCUGAGAUAUAUGAAUGUGCGCUUGUGUCGCUGUUAUACAGCGCAAGUAAAUGCGCAUCGAAACAAACAGGAAGGAUUUACAAACAAGAUAGUAAAUGUACAGAUAGUUUUAGUCCAAGAAGUCAAAUGCAAAGUUCAAGUUUUAUUGUGAAUUAAUGUAGAUGUGUGGGAAGUAGAUUUUUUGUGUGAUGUUUUACCUUUUUUGUUCCAGUUACAAAACAAAUUUUUAUAUAAAUGUAAAUGAAAUUGAUAAUUGGUCAUGAAUGCCAAAGAAUCUGAACCGGGCCUAAGUGGGCCAGCAGCUACAAACUCAGAUGAUUUUUGGAGGGGUUUGUGGUCCUCACCAGCAGUCAAACUCAGAUGCCUGAAUGUGUCUUGUGCCUCUUUCCUUUAGUUUUGUGCUUUUUCCAGUGACGUUGAUGUCCCUUGACGAGUGUGAUUGGCACUGUGCUGCAUAUAUCCCAGAAAACCAGCACCUUUAGACACACCCAAAGCCACUGUCCUCACCUACUUUUACCAAAAACUUUCUAUUAGACAAUGUGAAUGGCUGUGAAUAUGAAUUGUAAAAUGAGUUAGAAUUAUUCACCUUUGCAUUUUUUGCAUUAAAGGAAUAUAUGUUAAGCUCAGUCGACAGUUUUUUGGCAUAAUGUUGAUUACCACAGAAAAUACUUUUGACUCGUCCCUCGUCUAUUUGAAAUUUUUGGUUACAAUAAGGCAAUGUAAGUGAAAUUGUGUGCCCAUAAACAUUAAUAUACACAAAGUUUUAAAAGUAUAGCCGCAAGUCCAAUACAUCACAUGUGAUUUUAGUGUGAUAAAAUGCCUGAUAGUGUCUAUCAAAGUUGUUAUAUUGCAUAUAACUUUACACUGAUAUGGUUGCUAAGCAAUCACACUAAAAUCAUGUUAAUAUGUAUAAUGUUUCUGUCUUGUGGCUAUACUUUUGAAACAGUAAGUGUUUUAAUGUUUAUGGACUGGCUCCAUUCACUUCUAUUGUAAGUGCCUCACUGUAAACACAGUUAAUAAACAGUCAAAAAUAUUUUCUGUGGUAAUCAGCGUUAGGCUUCAACAUUAUACCCGGAUUAUUCCUUUAAGACUUUCGAUUUGGUAUUAGUUCAUAAAUGUUUUAUUACAUUUUUGUAGGUUAAAUAUCUUUAAAUUGGUAAAUGUGAUCUUUUCUGUUCCUGGUGUUGCUGGCGCUGAUAGUGAUCACUGUGGCAUCAUUAAACCGGGUGUUUGGUAGGCACUCAUGCCAGUCUAGGUGGAGACUGAUCAGAUCCAGACUAAUAGGAUUCAAGUGACUUUGAACAGGAGUGCUGAUCUAAGGUCAGUUUUUGUUUUCAUACUGAACUGGUUCUAGAUGGGUAUUCAUUGGUCUUAGCGGCUUGAAAGACUAGACGUCUAGAUCUGAUUUUCCAAUAUUUCUCAGUGAUGAGAAAAAUAAGCUUGCUUUUAUGGCACUUCAUCUCUGUGUGCAUUUUGUGUUUGACUGACAGACAUUUUGUUCCUUUCAUUGUGUUGUGUUCAACAAUGUAAAGUAUUUGUAUAUUUAUUUCAUACCUGACCAAGAA